CCGGACGCCGGUUUCUCCGCGCUUCAUGGAGCUUAUAAUGCAUUCGCAUUAAAAGGAAAGCGAGCGAAGAGAAGGAGAGAAACGCGCUCUCGGAGCAUGACGCAGGAAGCGGCUAUUCAUAUUGCAUCAGCGGUUGCAAGCGCCGUUUUCACUCGCGGCGGCCGCAGCUGCCGCCUUCGCUUCGGCACGGCUUCCGGGCGCCGACUCGUGCGUACACGCGAGCCUUUCACCGAACGACGCCGGUGCCCUCACACACAGUGCUGCUGCUCGUGUCCGUCGCGGAGGCCAAGGCGUUGACAUUGUUGCGCGGCAGUCCUCGAUUGCUGCCGUAUCGCGGGGAGCGUCGAUAAGCCUAGGGCGGCCGUUAUCCUCGCGCCUGCUUAGAGUUACACCGGCGACUGCACGAGACGCGCCUCAAGAACACCCAUUGCCCUGACCCAUAGUUCACUUGUGGCACCAAAGGAUCGCGUGCACCACAGUCAUGGAGACGGCACCGUCACAUCGCGGUAAGGGCAGAGGCAAGAUUGCGACGCCGGAGGCCGAGGCCUACAUCAGUGAGCACUGCACGCUGCAUCCCAUUCUCGAGAAACUUAUAGCUGAAACUGUGAAGCUGCCUCAUGGGCGUAUGUACACCAAGCCUGGGCAGCUGACACUCUACCAAGUCCUGCUGAAGGCAACACGUGCCAAGAAGUACCUGGAAGUGGGUGUGUUCACAGGCUGCAGCGCACUGUCUGCAGCCCUGGCGCUUCCUCCCGACGGCAUCGUGCGUGGCCUAGACAUCAAUCAAGAGACCGCCGACGUCGGGAGACCCUUUUGGAAAGAGGCUGGAGUCGAGGGAAAGAUUGACAUUCGCAUUGGCAAAGCCGUCGACACUUUAGAUGCCAUGAUUGCGGACGGAGAGGUGGAAAGCUAUGACUUCGCUUACAUUGAUGCCGACAAGGAGGGAUACGACGAUUACUAUGAGCGUUGUCUAAAGCUAGUCAAACGGAAUGGGAUUAUCGCCUUUGAUAAUGUCCUGCGUGGCGGCUCAGUGUUCAACGCUGAAACGUCCGACCUUGAUGCGUUGGCGAUGCGAGCUCUCAAUACCAAGCUGAAGACCGACGAACGCGUGCAACUCGCCAUGCUACCCUUUGGGGAUGGCGUCAACAUCGUCCUCAAGAAAUGAAAGAAGGAACACAAACAAUCCUGGCAUACGAUACCAUGGUGUUUACCGCGCCCCAAACGCUGCGCGCGUUAUAUUAAAGCUUAAUGAAACUUCUUGGGUUUUAGAAAACGUGAUUUAGAAAACAUGAUUUUUGGGCUGCUUGCAGGACACACGCAAGGAAGAAACACACGCGUAUGCCUGUUGUAUGCAAUGCCGCACGUGCUAUUUCUGACUUGGAAGCGCCGAAUAAAACUUUCAUCAGGCUUUGCCUUGU